AUGGCGCAGGAGAAAAUUGCACUGGAGGAAAUUGACCUGAAUAAAAUUGCGCUGGGGAGAAUUUGCGCUGGGGAGAAUUUGCGCUGGGGGGAGUUUGCACUGGGGAGAAUUUGCACUGGGGAGAAUUUGCGCUGGAGGAAUUUGUGCUGGGGGGAAUUUGCGCAGGGGAAAAUCACGCUGCAGGGAAUUGUGCAGGAGGAAAUGGUGCUGUACACAAUUGAGCAGGAGGAAUCUGCGCAGGAAGAAAUUGCACAGGGGGAUAUUACACUGUGGGAUAUUGGGCAGGUGAAAAUUGCACAGGAGGAAAUUUGCAAUGGAGGAAAUUGCGCUGCAGAAAAUCGCACAGGGGAAAAUCAUGCAGUAGGAAAUGGCACAGUGGAAAAUCACGCAGUAGAAAAUCAUGCAGUAGUAAAUCAGCUCGCUUUGUUCUCAGAAGGAGCUCCCCUUUUCCUGGUUACAUUCUGGGUCAGCUGUCUGUUCAGCUUUUCCUGUAAUAAACCACUUUACUUCAGGAUGUUCCUUCUGCAAGCAGUCUUCAGCAGGUUAUCAAGCAGUGUUACCUCCUGUCUCCCAGGAAACAGGUGCUCCUUCCCACAGAAUAGUGUUAAUGUGGGAAAGUCCUUAUCCACUAGUGCGGCUCGGACUGCUGAUACAGUGAGAGAGUACGAGGGGAAGGCCGAUGCUUCUCGUUAUCAGACAGAACAGAGAACGUUUCCAAAACCCCGGACUCAACAGGAGGAGGAACGUGCACCCUUCCAGAGAGACGGACCCAGGACAUUCCUCUUAGAUCUGGAGAACUUCCCUGAUCUGUCCAAAGUGGAUAUCAAUGGGCAGAACCCCAACAUACAGGUCACGAUUGAGGUGGUUGAUGGGACUGAAAUCGAGGCCGAGAGAGACCUACGGCGGGUAACGAAGCCAAGCUGGCCUGUGCCGUCGUCCGACUGGAGGAACUGGUGGCAGAAAUCAUCGGCAAACACCGCUGGGAGCAACGGAGACCACCAGGAGAGCAGCCGGGCUGGUGAAAACAGCAAUUUCCUGAACCCAGCAGAGAGCUGGGAUAGCAGCACUGUGACUCAGCGCAGGUGGCAGUCCAAAGGACCGACUGAGUAUGAUUACACAGACGGGGAGGGUGACUGGAGCCCAUGGUCACUCUGCAGCGUAUCCUGCGGCGGUGGCAACCAGAAGCGUACCCGGUCCUGUGGCUACGCCUGCACUGCCACUGAAUCGAGGUCGUGCGACAUGCCAAACUGUCCCGGAAUUGAAGAUACUUUCAAGACUGCAGCCACAGAGAUGAGUCUAAUGGCUGGAGGUGAAGAUAUAAAUGCCACUGAGUUAUUUGGACUAGAUUCCGACAGCUGCGAGAGGUGGAUGAACUGCAAGAGCGAAUUCUUGAAGAAGUACAUGCACAAGGUUGUGAAUGACCUUCCGAGCUGCCCCUGCUCCUAUCCAACAGAGAUUGCCUACAGCACGACCGACAUCUUUGACCGCCCAAAACAGAAGGGCUUUCGCUGGAAGGAUGCGAGCGGACCCAAGGAGCGCCUGGAGAUCUACAAACCGACAGCACGUUAUUGUAUCCGCUCCAUGCUGUCCCUGGAAAGCACAACACUGGCAGCUCAGCACUGCUGCUACGAUGAGAACAUGCAACUGAUCACCAGGGGUAAAGGUGGAGGCACCCCAAACCUCAUCAGCACUGAAUUCUCAGCGGACCUGCAUUAUAAGGUGGACAUUCUCCCCUGGAUCAUUUGCAAGGGGGAUUGGAGCCGGUACAAUGAGGUCAGACCCCCAAACAAUGGUCUGAAAUGUACAGAUAAUCCUUCUGAUGAUGUAUACGAGAGGCAGUUCCGAGAGGCCCGGGAGUAUUAAAAACCUGGCUGGGAUUAAUAGACCGAAUGCUCAUUUUCUGGAGGAAGUGAGUUUAUUUCCGUGUGUAGUCAGACAUCCAGUUCUCUGGAUAUGUGCACCCAUGCAUUCAAAACGCCACAGAACAGAGUUCAGCCACUUGGCACCUUGUCAAUGCUUCCUUUUUGCCUGCUCCAAACGUUUCAGGACCAUUUUAUUUUUCCUUUUCCUUUCGGCAGCAGCAGGCUUGUAGUUCAAAGGGAACACUGUACCCAUUUUGAACAGUUAAAGGGAAACAAAUUUGUUUAAUCUAAUUCCAUUGGAAGGAUUGGGGAGGGUGCGUGUGUGUGUGAUGAGUCAACCCACAGUAUUCAAAGCAUUCUGUGGAUUUGAGGCAUUUUCGACCAUAAGCAAAGGAGGUGGCACUUUUAAAGAGUUUUGUCCCUCUCCCCAUGUCUUUCAUACGCUCUUGAGACUUCUUAAAAGCCAGUUUAUAAAGUAUUAAUUGUACUGAAUGCAAAAUGUUACAGAGAAUCUUACUUUGUAAAGUUGUGACAUAGAUAAUUUUCUCAUUGAAACCUCUUUUAAAAAAUGUUCCUAAGAUUUUUUUAAAAAUCUGCUUUAUCUUUGUAUAGUAUUUAUUGAGCUGCAGUUUAACAGGCACUCAUACUCACACGCACUCAUUCAUACAUUUUCUCACACAGAUACUUACAACACUGUCACACACAUGCACACUUUUUCU